AUGCAAGCGGUUCGCCCAUGGGGCUCCGAAGCGACGGGGUUUAAUGCGGUAUCGAGCGAACAAGCUGCACAUUGUGAUCCUUUAGUUGAUGCGCUCGACUCAAAACCAGCAUUGCCACCCGCACCUGACCAGUCCGACACGUUGACUGUCACUCUGAAAACUUUCACAGACGAGCAUACGAAGAACAUGAGCAAUUCGUUCUCUGCGCCUAUCAUACUUAAUGGUAUCCAAGUUGGCAAACUCACCGCGCAGAAGAUUGAAAUAGCAGCCAAGUCAAUAAUUGGCUGUGAUGGAGGUGAAGUUCAAGUCACCAAAGAUUCCAGUUCUGAUGGCUUCACGCUUACGCUGCCACGGAAACCAUGUGCCAACGUGAACAUCACGCUCUCUGAACAAGGGUGCCGAGCAAGAGCGGAUGAUCAAGUCUUCUUCACUUACGUGAACGAUAUCAAGUUGGCCGAGGAAUCCCUAGCCGCGAAAGUACAGGUCAUAAAUGCAAGAUGGCAACAAAGGGUUGCAGUGGAUGACAAUGAAUAG